UGUGUGUAUUUUCAGUAAUUUACUUCCUGUAUACUCAAUAUAAUCAGAAUUUUAACCUCCUUGACUCUAGGAACCAAAUGUUGUUAGUUGUUGUUAACCGGUAAAAUAUUCCUGACGCACUGAAAUGUUCACGUACUAAAGACUAGUUAGCAUCAUUAGCAUUACGUUAGCUGAUCAAAGAGCAAGCCAAUGGUAACGUUACCAUAUCUAAAUAUUUGUACGUUAACUCAUACACGACCGUGCAUGUAUUUUGAAAGUGUUCAUUAAAACACAAUUUCUCGGGUUUGGUCCGCUUGUCGUAUUCUCGGUUUAUCGUCAUAUUUUGUUUUAGCUAGGUGUAGAGUAUCAUAUCGUGCGGACUCGUUAGCUAACGUUAAAUGCAAGGCGUAACGUCAACAAAAACUCCUGAAUAUUGAUAGUGCACCUGUCGUGUACUGAUCAUAUGCAAAGUGUGCGAACUACACUCAAAACAAAACAAACAACCCAACUGGCCGUCAACUGAAUCACCGUAGACCCACGGGAUGGCUGCAGCUGGACCCAGUACCUCGAAGGACCUCGUAGAUCUUUACGGUGACCUGAAUCAAAACGACGACGAUUUGGACAGAAUUGCUGAAGCAAAUGAACUUUUUGAUGCUGUUCUGACUGGCUCAGUUGAUCAGGACAAUAAAGUUAAGACACAUGUGGCUCAUACAAAUGAUACACCGUCUAGCACGCAGGCUAAAUCAACAACAGUGAGAAGCCAAAAAGAAGGAAACUCACAGAGGAGACUGUCUUUAUAUAUUGGAAAUUUCCCCUGGUGGACAUCUGAUAAGGACAUUACAUGCAUGGCUCAAACAUUGGGUGUGAGGGACAUCAAAGAGAUCAAAUUUGCCGAGAACAAAGUUAAUGGCCAGUCAAGAGGCUUUGCCGAAGUGGUGGUAACCUCAGAAGAAUCAUUGAAAUUAAUGUUGGAGAAAAUACCUCAAUGUCAGCUCAAUGGGGAAAGGAUAGACUGCCGUUUUGCCACCCGCCAGAAUCUCAGUGUGUUUGAGGACUUGGCAAAUAAACGUAUACCCCUGCGUCUGAAUUCCAAAGACCCUAAGGACUCGGAUACUUUGGAUAAGAUUCCCUCGUUAUUAUCACAGGAGCCCAGCCCUCCCCCUAUACCUCCACUUUUUUCGUCACAUCCACUUACAAACAGGUUUCCAUCAUUACCCAACCCUUACCCAAAUCAUCCACCUCCUCCUUUCCCACAUAUGCCGCCAAACAUCCCCCCGCCCAUGCCACCCCAUUUUUUCCCUCCUCAUCCAGGUCAUAUUCCCAUCCAACCCCCUCCCAGUCUGCAUGUAAAUCCAGCGUUCUUCACCCCUGCACAAGACGGGCACAGCAGCAAAGCUUACAGCCAACAAAAACACACCCCUCAAAGUACAGAUCGAGACUUUGAGGAGCUAAUGAACAGAAAUAAAGCAGUUGCCAGCAGUGCCAUCAGCAAGGCUGUGUCUGGAGCAACAGCUGGCGACUUGCGGGUGGCCAUGGAGACUCUGUUAACUGCCAUUGCCAUCAUUAAGCAGUCCAGAGUGUUCGGAGAUGAACGCUGCCAAGCCCUGGUUACCUCACUCAAAGACUGUCUAGUCUCUAUUCAGGGCAACUACGGUUACAGGAGUAGCAGUCGUUCUGGGGACGAAGAAAGAUGCCGGGACAGGGGUCGUGACAGAGAGCGAGAGCGGGACAGGGAACGUGAAAGAGAAGAUCAUUUCGGUUGGGAAGGUGCGGGAAUGUCUCGAAGACAAAGAGAACAUUCCAGGAGUGGGGAGAGGGACAAAGAACGCUCACGGGAACGGGAAAGGCACAGAGAUCUCAGAGAUCACAGAGACCGAUACCGCUAACUUGAUUGAUGGAGUGCUGAAGGGUGAAGCCGGGCAAAGACUUAAUUUCUGCCCCAAGUUGUAUACGAACCUAGUGGAAUCUAAGGUGAGACUGCAGCUUUAUCUCCAAAAGUCUGAAGUGUACUUUUUCCUGUUCUUCACCAGUUGUCUGUAAAUACUGGGACUUUUACCUGUUGAAAAAAAUGUGGUUGUAGAUUUGUUGCUGGGACAUCAGAUUCCAAUGCUUGCAUGCGCAGGAACACCCCUGAAUAACUUAUAAA